CGAGGUUGCCGAUACCGCUGUUCACGGCGCUCAAAACAGUGAAUUCGUCGUGAUUUUAUCGGGGUUUUCUUGAGACAUGGCCACCAAAGAUGAGCUUCUUGCAUUGUCUGGAUGGCAGUUGCAGGUUAUUGAAGAUUUGGCACACCAGAAGCCCGUCGAAGGUUCAUCUCUGGCUGGUCUCGUGCCGAACAAUGCCUUCUUCUCAUUGCUGAUAGAGACAAUUGAAGAAUCAGCAGAUCUUUCAUUCAAAGACAGCCUUCCAUCUGUAAUUAAAAGACUGGGUUUGACAAUACCCCGAAAUAUCUCGUCAUUUAUCCGGUCAGUGAGACGCUGUGCAGCUCGUUCUGUUCAACUGUCUAUCAUUCCCAGAGGUUUGAACAUUGAGAACAUUGACACCUCACCACUGUGUACGCAAGCAGGAAUCACCAUUCCUUGGUUGUUGGAAUGUGCAGACAAUUUGAAACCAUCAACGUCACUUACUUACAGUAUGCUCUGGGAGCUAAGUACAAUUCGGGAUAGACAGAAGAGGACUUUCUUCGAGCUAGCAAAGUGGAUUCAGAGAAUUCUGAACUCCACUGCUCCGCCCAGUGGUAACUCAGUUAAAAGAAAGCUCAAGUUCAUUUCCAAGGAAAGAUAUCGUUUAAGGUUUAGUCGAGAUAAAGUGUCCGAGUUUAUGUCAACUGAGUACAAGAUGCCUGCAGUUUCUGCAGACUCUGCUAGUGCUACUGCUAGUGUGCCUUUAGAACAAGCCUUUGUUGAUAAUAGAAAUGUCUCUACUGAGAAUGUUGUUACUUUCCCAACUCUUGCUAUGCUUGCUGCAAAUGCACUUGGCAUACAUGCUGAUCGGGUCUUGCAGGAUAAUCUCUCGCGCUUACAAUCACUUACCAAUUCUGUUGAGCAGGCAAGUAAUGAACUGGCUAAUUCUGAAAAAGAGAAGCAGAGUUUGGAAGAACAUCAUACAUGUCAAAGGAAAGUGUUGUUAGAAUUGCAAACAGAUAUCGAACUUAACCAUGUUAAACUCAAUGAAUUGAAACAGAAGGUGGGUACAUAUGGGUACCACAACGUUUACAGACGAGACAAACGGGCAAAUGAGGCAAGACAGAAAUUAAAGGGAGCUGAGAAAGAUAUAUCUGAGCUGAAAGAUACUGUUGCUCAACUCAGGAGAGAACUUUCCACUGCUUUGAAAUUGAAGUCAAAGCAAACUGUUAAGCUGAAUAAUUUGGAAAAGGGGAAUUGUUCCAAGUGUGAACAAAAUAAAGCUGUGAUCGAAUCACUGAAAGCAAGGCAGAUUGCCUUGGAAUUUGAGAAUGUUUCUUUGUUAGAUGAAGUAGCUGAGCUGAAAAAUCAGGAUUUGGAAACUUGUGAUUUGAAUAACAAUCUCAAAAAGAAUGUGAUUCAUACUAAGGUGGGAAAGACGUACAGAGCAGAAAUUCGUGCCAUUUCCAUGCAGCUCAUAUCUUUGGGUGUAGCAGUUGGUAAAGUGAGUGAAGUUGUUCGUUCAGUAAUUGAAGGCCUAACUGGUAUGAAAAUAGGUAGGCUACCUUCAAAGGGGACCAUGAGUCAAUUACAGACUAGGUGAAGCAAUGCUUAAAAAUAGGAACAACACAGUACACCUUGAUGGAACAAAAAAACGCUUUAAGGAGUAUGGGAGCUUUCAGAUAUCAAUGAAUAGGGAAGAGACAUACUCAAUGGGCAUUGAAGAAAUGGUUAGUGGGCAUGCAGAACAGUACCUUGAGACGCUUUCUGAAGUCUUCGACGACAUUGCCUCAGUAAUGGCUUCAGAUUCACAGUCUGAAAGGGAAAUUAAGAUGAUACAUGCUGACAUGUCAUCCAGGGUAAAAAACCUAAUGACCGACAGACACAUUGUAAACAAAUCGCUCAAAGAACGGUUUGAAGUUGCCAGAAAGGAAUUAUUCACUACAUACUUGGACGGAUUUUCAGAAAUGACACCAGAUGCUCAGCAUGCAGUGACAAGUAUUCAUGGGUUAUUCUGUGGGCUACAUGUUUUUGCAAAUAUGGGGACAGCUGUGGCGAAAGAACUGAAAUUGUUUGAGGAGAUUGCCCUCCCAGAUGAUACCAAGAUCACGUAGCUGUCCUUUCAAAAGGGAAAUGCUCGAUCAUUUGAUCUCGUGUUUGAGAUCUCGCAGGCCUGCACGUACACAGGUAACCAGAGAUCUGGAUGCGCAGCCAACUGGGAGGAUUAUUUGCUUGGGUUAGGACAUAAAAACAAAAUAAUCACAUUUCUGCAUCAUAGGUUUAAUAUUUUAUUUGUAGACGGGGGAGCCAUAUACUAUCACAGAGAGCACUUGAAAAAUUUCUUUGAUGGGUACAAUCUGAAUGACAACAGAUUAUUGCGUUGCAUCAGAGAAAGCAUCGUUUCUCCAAUUUGCCUUGCUGCAGGCCGGGCACUUGGGAUCUUUGGCGCUUUAGUAAGUACUCCACUGUGGCAACUGAUAGACCGUAAGGAUGAACAUAUACUCCAUCACAAUGAAAAUGGCAACACCUUCUACUGUCUCUGAAAAACUUUGCAGAAGAUUCUACUCCGUUGAUACGUGGCGUACAAGUCUUUGAUCAAAUUCCAGUUCCAAAUGAUCCCAUCACUGCAGAACUUUUCAGCAACUGUGACCCACUCGUACAGCAACUUACAAAGGAAUGUCUUGAGCUGCUUUCAUUUGAGGUUUCAGGUAUCGUAUCAAAGCAGCUGCUUGAUCAAUUACCAGGGGGAACAUAUCAUAUGCCAAGUCCCACUGUGUUGCAAGAAACUGCUUCCUGUCCAUCUACAAACAAGGUGUCGGAGAAGGACUUUAGCGAUGUUGACAGACUCGUGAAUCGUGCACCCCAGAAAUCUACUCUCCAUAUUGCUGCCAACGUCACAUUUAGAAAUAAUCGUACAGCAGAUAAUCUGAAAUCCCUACCUCAUGACAAGUUUGUGAAUGUUAUUGAAAAAUCACGACUUCUUGCUCAGAAGAGACGGCAGAAAAAACGGGAGAGGAUUGCAGGAAUUAGGAAGGAAAGACAACAACUCAUGGAGCAAAACAAAGCAAAAAAGGAGGAGAAGAAACGUCGAGACGGUGAAAAAAACAGUAAACUUAAAUGAAAUGGCCAGGGCCAUUGUGCUCACCUCAUGUGGAGGAAAGAUGGAUAAAGAGCAUGGUAUUGUGUCAUGUAGUGUUAGGUUUGAUGUAGGUCCAAGCAAUUACAAUUUCCCCAAUAUGGCCAAUUUACAGUACAUUCGACCUCUGUGACCUUGAAAAGUAGGUCAAAUCAAAGAAGACUCGGGUGACACAUUGAAUGGUUGUUAGAAUUAGAUGUACCUAUGAUAUAAAAUUGGUGCCAAUCGGGCAAGUCAUUACUAGGAAUAAUGGCAUUUUGAUGAAUUUAGGAUUUGGCCCCCUCCCUGGAGGCCAAACGGAAAAUCAGAUCGCACCAAACUUCGGUACCUGAGAUCACCUGACCAAGGGGUACAUGUGUACUUAAUUUGUGAUCAAUAGUCAUUGCAGUUAAGAAACGUGCCAUAGUUACGGCCUGACGGCGAAUUUACGUCAUUUGACCUCUGUGACCUUGACAAGAAGGUCAAAUUGAAAACCUGUGUGACAUAUACUGUAUGGUGGUUAGAUGUACCCAUGAUAUCAAAUUGGUGGCAAUCGGGCAAGAAGUUAAGGAAUAAUCACAUUUUUAAGGUUUUUGGAUUUUGCCCCCUGGUGGUCAAGUGGUGAAUCAUAUUGGACCAAACUUUGGUCCCUAAGAUCACCUGACUAAGGGGUAAAUGUGUACCAAAUUUGGUAUCAAUAGUCAUUGCAGUUUAGAAACGUGCCAUCGUUACAUCCUAACGGCCAAUUUACACCAUUUGACCUCUGUGACCUUGAAAAGGAGGUCAAAUCAAAAACCCGGAGGAUAUAUGAUGCACCUUUGCUAGAAGUACCUACCAUAUUUUUUUCAAAAUUUCCCGACUACUAUUAAGGGAGAUAUUGCACA